AUGCCUCUCGCUUUUCAGGUCGCCAAUCUGGCUGUCAAGCCGCCCAAGGUGGGUGAAAAUGGCUACCAAGGCUUCAAUCCGCGCAAAGAGACUCUUCGCAAGGGGUACCAAAGUCGGGAUGGUGCCCGCGCACUUUCUGAAGACAUGAUUGCUGAGCACGAUGUUGCUGUUAAAGUCAGAGAUGGGUGUAUGCUGUACUGCGAUAUCUACCGGCCAGUCGGUAGCGAUGGGAGUGAGAAAGUGCCUGCGAUUGUGGCCUGGAGUCCUUUUGGCAAGAAACAUACGGGUAUUGAUAUGAUGUCGAAGGUAAAAUGGGGUUGCGGUGUGCCGAAAGGCUGCCUCAGCGGUCUCGAGCGCUUCGAAGGACCCGAUCCGGCGGAAUACGUUCCUCGGGGGUAUGCAGUCGUCAAUGUAGAUGCAAGAGGUGCGGGAGACUCGGACGGAGACAUUGUCAUUAUGGGAAAGCAAGAAGGCGAGGAUGGGCACGACGUGAUCGAAGAGCUCGCAAAGAUGGACUGGUGCAACGGCUCGAUCGGACUGGCAGGCAACUCACAUCUCGGAAUCGUCCAAUGGUUCAUUGCCGCAACACAACCUCCCUCGCUUAAAGCCAUCGCACCCUGGGAAGCCUGUGGUGAUCUUUACCGCGAACAAUUUGUCCGCGGCGGAGCUUGGGACAAUGGGCUCUUCGACUUCAUCACCGAGCACGUAAUCCGGGGCAAGAACGGACUCGAAGACUUCAAAGAGAUGUACCGUCGCUCCUCAACCAUGAACCCCUACUGGGCAGACAAGCGCGCCGACAUUGCCAGCAUAAAGAUCCCAACAUACAUCGUCGCGUCCUACUCCAGUUUCGUGCAUACCAUGGGCUCGAUACGCGGCUGGAUGCAAAUCGACACAAAAGACAAGUGGUUAAGAUGGGACCCGUAUCAAGAGUGGUACGAUCUAUGGGCCGUCCAAGAAUCCAUCGACGAACUCGCCUCCUUCUUCGACCGGUACCUAAAAGGCGAGAAGAAUGAUUGGGAAAAUACACCCCGCGUACGCAUGUCCUCCCUCAACUACGGCGACAAAGAAGCCAUCUACCCCAUCAUCGAAGAAGACUUCCCCAUCCCACGAACAGACUACCGCACCCUCUACCUCUCCGCCGACAAUAAGCUUGAAGCCACCGCCCCAAGCACGGCCGGCACCUUAACCUACAACUCCGAAAGCAACACUUCCCCUGUCUCCCACGCAGCCUUCACAAUGACCUUCGACAAGCCUACCCGCUUAAUGGGCCUCCCCAAAGCCGUCUUAUACAUGUCCUGCCCCGACUUCAACGACAUGAUCGUCUACGUCCUGAUCCGCAAACUCGACAAAAACGGCAAACCCAUGAUUGCCAUAAACAUUCCCUGGUCCGCUGCGCCCUACAAAUCUGCCGCCGAAAUCCCAGAGUCCGAUUACUCGAACUUGAUGAUCUACUACGGCCCCACAGGCGUCCUCCGCGCCUCCCACCGUAAAACCGAUCCCUCACAGUCUAUCCAUCCACAAUAUCCUUUCCAUACACACGACGAAGUGCAAAAGAUACCAGCAGGCGAGGUGGUGAAGUUGGAGAUAGGGCUGUGGGCUAUGGGUGUUGAUUUCGAGGCUGGAGAGGGGAUCAGUGUGCAGGUCAGUGGCGAAUAUCCUCUUGUGCAGGAGUUUGGUCCGAGGAAGAAGGUGGAGCUUGAGGAGAGGAAUAAGGGGACGCAUGUGGUGCAUGUGGGUGGGGAGUUUGGUAGUCAUGUUGUUUUGCCGUUUGUGUGA